AUGGCACCCCAGACACAUUCCCAGAGAGCCCUCAGAGCUGCUUCCAAUGCAUCCUCCACUGAUGAAAGUGAAAUCAGACUUGCAUUUGACAAUGUCAUGAAGGCCAUUUCUCCUCCAUCUCAUCAUUCAGACUCAGCAUGCUCUUCUCCUCUGUCCCCAUCCUACAGUGUAAUAAUGGGUGGUCUCCUUGCAAGAGCAAUGACUCCUCCAGAAGAUCCAGAAUCCUCUGUUGAUGAGGAUGAACUAAACCAGAUAUUUGAGAAGUGCCAGGCCAUGGUAAACCACUUGAGUGGGUCAGAAGAGGAGCAUCAAAGCAAUGCCUCUGACGAUUCCUUUGUGAAUGUGCAUGGCCCAUCAGUUGCACCAUUGCAUCCACCCCAUCAGGACUUGAGUCAGGAGUCAGGGGUGGCUUCUGUAUGUGAUAUCAUCAUGUGUUCCAUGGCCAGGCCUACCACAUGGGCAAUGGCCUACCAGACCCUAGGGACACUCUGGUAUGAAACUUGGAUUGAUGCCAACAUCCUCAACUUUCAUCUCCUGUCCCAAUGGUAUGCUGUCCAGGGCAGGACGCAUGUCUGCUAUGCCGACUUGUUCUCUGUCAUUCCAUCUGUCAGUGGGGGCACCCAUGCCUUACCAGAUGCACAGGAGAUUCAAUUUUUUUGUCAAUGCCAUCUCUUCAAUUCCCAUCCUGCCAAUCCAUCUGUUCCCAUUGCCUUUGCAGUCAUGCACAACAGUCACUUCUUUGUUGCAGUCUUUGACUAUUGGUUGAACCUUGCAUUCAUCCUUGGAAGGUGCAUCAAACGUGUCCUGGAAACCCCCCAUCCCUACUAUGACCCACUGCAUAAUGACUGGAACACAUGGAAUGGCCCUUUCUACUGGACAUGCAUAGCAUCUCUUCAUGGAUUUGAUGCUGUCAACCCAACCCAAGUUGAUGUGCAGGUGUACAAUUGGUCACAGAAUGGUUUUGACUGUGGGCCCAUUGCAUACUUUGUCAUGGAGUCACUCAUGAGAGGAGGGCUAUCUGGUGAUUGCAGGCCUACCACCCACAUCCCUCCAAUUCCUUGUGGUCAUUGUCUCUGCCUUGGAAUGCUUGUCAUGGUGAAGGAGGGCUGUCAAAGGUGCUGGGAAGACUAUUGUUACUUGUCUACAACCACCCUUCCCCCUGGCCACAUAUGGACACAGUGGGAUGACACUGAAGCCAUCAGUGAAGACAUCCUCAUGGAUGUGGAAAACCAAUCAUCUGGAGAGCAACAUGCUACCAUCAUCCAUGAGUUGAAUGUCAUUGGGGCCAACUGCCUUCACUUCCAAAGGGGGGAUGACUCUGGUGAUGUAGUGAACCCCAAUGUGCACUCUGAUGGUGACUUUCCAACUGACACUGAAGAUGAAGGUGAAGACCAUUGUUUGCCUCUGGACACCAAGUCUCAGCAUCUCAGGGAUCUCCUUCAGCACUACCCUUAUGUGAGCAGGGCCAGAGCCAGGGAUCAACUUCCUCCUUGGGCUGCCCAUGGUCACCAAGUUGAAGGGGAAUCCACUCCAGAUGAUCCCCUUGAGAUCAUCCAGUGA